AGUCAGAACUCAGAAGGCUCUAAACCUCCAACUUCAAGCCUCCAAACCCUACAAUUCUCGUUUCUUCAAUCUUCUCAGCCUCCUGGCAAAUUCAGUAGGGUAUUCUUUUCUUUGGGAGAUAUUUAUCUGAAUCUGAAUCAAGGAAAAAUGGGGAAGAACGAGAAGUCAGGGGUAGGGAGAGCCCUGGUGAAGCAUCACAAUGCAAUGAUACAGCAAUCCAAAGAGAAGGGAAGGUUUUAUAAGAGCCAACAUAAGAAAGUAUUGGAAUCGGUAACCGAAGUUAGCAACAUCGAUGCUGUCAUCGAGCAGGCUGAGGAAGCUGAUCAACUUUUCUCUAUCCACCACCCCACCCCUAACCCCCUCAUCAAUUUGGAUGUGAGCUCAAGCAUCAGCGAUAUGACACCUGAAGAAAGAAGAGAACAGCAGAAGAAAGAGGAAGCACUGCAUGCUAGCAGUCUCCGAGUUCCGCGCAGGCCACCAUGGACUGCAGCAAUGUCUGUUGAAGAGCUAGAUGCCAAUGAGAAGCAAGCUUUCUUAGUUUGGCGCCGGAGCUUAGCAAGACUCGAGGAGAAUGAAAAGCUUGUUCUCACUCCAUUUGAGAAGAACUUGGAUAUCUGGAGGCAGCUUUGGCGGGUCCUUGAACGCAGUGAUUUGCUUGUGAUGGUUGUUGAUGCAAGGGACCCUCUGUUUUACCGCUGUCCUGAUCUUGAGGAAUAUGCAAAAGAGAUUGACAAGCACAAGAGAACAUUGCUUCUUGUAAACAAGGCAGAUCUUCUGCCAGUUUCUAUGAGGAAAAAAUGGGCAGAAUAUUUUCGCUUGCAUAAGGUUCUCUUUGUAUUCUGGUCUGCUAAAGCUGCUACUGCUGAAUUAGAAGGAAAACUGCUUGACCAUUGGAAGAUGCAAAACAACAUGCGAAAGAGUGAUGAUCCUGAAACAAAAAUACAUGGUAGAGAUGAGCUCUUGGCUCGUUUGCAGUAUGAGGCAGAGGAAAUAGUCAAAAUGAGGAAAUCAGCCUCUGAUACCUCCACGUCAUCCAAUAGUCAUUCUCCUAGAAACAAUGCUGAAGGAACUUCAGCACCAAAAAGUGUGAUGGUGGGAUUUGUGGGGUAUCCUAAUGUUGGGAAAAGCUCAACUAUAAAUGCUUUGGUUGGGCAGAAACGUACAGGUGUCACCUCCACUCCGGGGAAGACAAAGCAUUUCCAGACGUUAAUAAUUUCAGAUGAGCUGACUCUAUGUGAUUGUCCUGGAUUGGUGUUUCCAUCCUUCUCAAGCUCAAGAUAUGAGAUGAUUGCUUCGGGGGUGUUGCCAAUUGACAGGAUGACGGAGCACAGGGAGGCUGUGCAAGUUGUUGCUAAUAGGGUCCAAAGGCAUGUUAUCGAGGAUGUAUACAAGAUUAAAUUACCCAAACCCAAGCCAUAUGAAUCACAGUCACGGCCACCUCAGGCCUCAGAGCUUCUGAGAGCUUAUUGUGCUUCGCGUGGGUAUGUUGCCUCUAGUGGACUACCUGAUGAAACUAGGGCAGCUCGCCAAAUUUUAAAGGAUUUCAUUGAUGGAAAGCUGCCUCACUAUGAAAUGCCACCUGGUAUGUCUGCUGAAGAUGGGGUGGAAGAUGAUGGGAACCCGAGCUUGUCUGAAGUUCUCAAUUCAGAUGCAUCUGAUGUUGAAGAUUCUUUGGAAAAUGGAACUGAAACUACACCUGUGUCCGAGCAUGUACUAGAUGAUCUUAGCUCCUUUGACCUUGCCAAUGGACUUGUUUCCAAGAAGGCAACAGUUAAGAAGUCAAAUGCAUCCCAUAAGCACCACAAAAAGCCCCAGCGGAAGAAGGAUCGAUCAUGGAGAGUUGGGAAUGAUGAUGAGGACGGAAUGCCAGUAACCCGAGUCUUCCAGAAGCCAGUGAAUUCGGGUCCUCUUAAUGGUUAAUGAAGCAUCAACUGAAGAAGUACUAGGAUAAACCAGUCCUCCUUUCUCAUGCCUUCUUUUACCAUGGGUACCCAAUGAAAUGGAGUUUAUUAGUUGGCUGCUGGUUUGUAUACCCCCAUCUCCACGAAGAUGAAUGAAAGGAAGAAAGAUGAAUAUAUACAGGCAUGCGUAUGGCUGCAAUGCUGCUGUAGUCUUUUUUUGCUUUACAAAUUACAAUAUACAUCCAUCCCCUAUGGGAUUUUAACAGAUGAAAGUGGUAUGUUGGUGUAUAUCUUAUUUUUGCUUUGUUUUGUAAUUUAUCUUAUUUUAAUGUUGAAUAUCAUAAUAUGUUGAUCGAAA